AUGAAUAUUAAAGAACUUAAUUAGUUUAUUAUUGAUUAUGAACUCAAACCUUCAUAAAAACUAAUUAAAUAUCUAAUUAUCAUUGGUAUAUCAGCAAUGAAAACUAAAACUCAAGAUAUUUCCAUCGAAACUAUUAAACUAAUAGCAAGUUAUAAUUUCAAAUUUUCAUUAUUUUUAGGCUCUUGUAAAUAACAAAAAUUAAGAGAUAGUAUGGCAGAACUCAAAUAAAGAGUUGUUAAUAUACAGUAAUCUCUAUCUUCUAAAAAUGAAAACUUCAAUUUUAAUGAAAAAAAAUCAAUUAUGAAUUCUAAAGAUCGAUUAAUGUCUACCUAAUUUUCACCAAUUCUCAAAAAUAAAAAAGAUGACUUAUAAAAUAGAGCAAAAAAGACUUUAAUAAAGAAGGAUAUUGAGUCUAAUCUCAAAUCGUUAAAUUUAAAUAAAAAAGAAAAUAAUCAACUAUCCAAUCAAUUAUUAGAGCAAACUAAAUCUCAACAGCAUACUCAAUAAUCUAACAAUUAUUUUACAUAAAAAAAAGUUAGUUUAGAUUAAAUUGCAAAUAAUUUUCUAAACUCACCUUUAGUAAAAAAUCCAGUAUCAGCUAGAAAUAUUACAUAACAAGAAAGUGAACUUAAAUGUAACUAUUCAUUUAUUAUUUUUAUAGACUUUUUUUAGAAUUCAUGGAAAAUAGUUUGA